AUGGGCUUGAUUAAAAAAGCCGUCUUCUUGACGCUUGUCUUUGUCUAUGGCGUUUUCACAAUUAUUCUGUACGCCUGUAUUUCGAUUAAAAAAGGGACCUUCUUUACUCGCAGGACUGAAAAGGAGAACCUGGAGCUGCAACUUGCCCGCGAUCGUCUGUGGGACCUCUCAAAGGACUUUGCUGGUCUCUCCCACCACAUCAUUACUCUAGCUAGUGGUUUCAAAUUCCACUUCCUCAGCAACGAAGUGCCUGGCUCACCCGCUGCCCUGAAAUCUGACAAGCCGCUGGUCAUCUUCGUUCAUGGGUUUCCUGACAGCUGGGCCAUCUGGCGCCACAUUGUCAGCUCGCCUUCCCUCCAAGAAUCCGCGAACUUGGUCGCAAUUGACCUGCCUGGCUACGGAGGUAGCGAGGGAUUAGAGAAGUACUCUGCUACCGGAGUGCUUGAGAAGAUGACAGAGCUUAUCGUCACCCUGCGGCUUCAAUAUGGCGUGGACGAUGAUUUCGCGACACGCAAAAAAAAGACCAUUAUCGUUGCCCAUGACUGGGGCUGCGUCAUCUCGAUGCGCCUUGCGGCCGAGGCUCCAUCACUUGCGGAUCGGUUCAUUUUAUCCAACGGGCCAUUGAUCGACCUGGUCAAGUCCAACGUGGCGCGCAUCGUGAACUCGGCGCGGAAGAUUCACAAGGAUGCACGUAAUGGUCCGAGCUCAUCACGCCCGUCACUGCUCCAGGCUGUGCGAACUCUCAAGCCUCUGUUCCGCCAACUCACCCUGUCAGGCUAUAUCUUCGCGAUGCAGUUGCCUGUUCCGCUGGUUGAAUUCUUCCUAAUCGGCGGUAAUCAAUCGCUCAUGAGAGCCGUGCACAAGGGUUCUCAUGGCAUGGCCGAAUACACGGCCCGUGACGCGGCCGAGUCCAUGGCCAGCAGCAUGGGUCCUUCUCUCUCCGAAUCGAAGACGCAGACCCCCAACGGAGACUCAUAUCCGAGCACAAUCAAGUACUCGCGCGAGUUUGCAAACGUGAUGAAUAUGGCCGGCUACUAUCGCGACGGCGCGGCGCUUUCGCGCUGGCACAAGUCCCUCGAGACUGUCGCUGCCCUCCACCACCUCGCAGGUGGUAACGAGCUCCGCCGGACUAGCAGCGGCGCAGGCCUAUUCGAUGAAGGAGCUCCGGGUGUGCUCAGAGCAAGCUCAACCGUAUUCUGGGGCAAGCUGGACAUUGCGCUGGACUCGGCGAUCUGUCUCGAUGGUAUGGCCGACUACCUCGUCGGUGACAGUCAGGUCGUGCUGCUUCCUCGAUCGGGCCAUUUCACUCCGAUCGAGGUGGAGAGCCGCGCGGCGUUGGAAACAGCCGUGCAUUGGGCCGUACAGGGUGAGAAGGAGGAUAUCGGCGUUGCUGUGCAGCGCAGGUAUGAAGAUGCGAAGGUGGUUGUGCGUAGAUGA